AGGCGUCGGAGUUCCUCAAAAGAAGACGUCAUACCGGCAAGAACUGCCGUCUCACCUUUCACCAAGGCAAAGAGCCCUGCUAUCCGUUCACCUUAAACGACAACUCAACAUGGUCAUCGGGCUGCUCACCAUCACGUCCAUCCCCACGAUUACGGGGGUCGCCGAAGCAAUCAGCGCGCAGAAGAAGCAGAAUGCCGCGUCCAAGGAGCAGGAGAAGUUUAACCUGACGGCCAUGCUGGCCCGAGCAGACGACGACGACGAUGGCAACGACGGCACGCAGGGCAAGUGGAAGGAAACGGGAUUCUGCGUCCUCAGAGACGGAAAGGCGUGGCUUGACCUCCCCGGGUCACCGGCAAAGGGCCACCGCUUCUGCGGCUUCUACUUCAAGUACCCCGGCGAGGAGGGCCACCUGGGCCUCGUGGGCACGGCGUCGGACGAGUCGCCCAUGCUCAACUGGAUCUACGUCAACGCGGAGACGGGCAGGCUCGAGCACGGGGCCCGCAAGGACACGCUGGGUCAUGUCAUCGGCCCAUGGGGAUGGAGCGAGGACGAGGCGUUCCUGACGCUGCGCAGGCGGCGGGGCGGGUUCGUGGCCCGGAGGGAGAGGGAGAGCGCCGACGUCGUCGACGACGGAGCGGAGGGGGAGGAAGGGUGGGGGGUGUACUGGGACCCAGAGCAGAAGCUGCUCGCGGCAGAGGAAGAUGAUAAGGACGAGGACGAGGACGGGGUGGAACGGUGCAAGCCGAUGCUCCUCCGCCGGCGCCCGCUGCUCGGCAUGGAGAGCAAAUACGUCAGAGACGAGGAGAAGGGUUAGCGAGGGUGACCCUCCCAAGGGGGAGUGUGCGAAUACAACAGUUGUUAAUGUGAGCCAAGGCAGAGCAUAUCAUGGCGGUUGCGAGCAACAAAAGGCGUGUACAACCGACCAAUGUACUCUUGCGCCUGGCAGAAGGC